CGCCCCGCCGUAGCGCGCCGCCCCGCGGGCGGUGAUGGGAAGUGUAGGCGGAAGAGGGCGCUGAGAACGGCGGGAGGGAGUUUUGAGGGGUCCCCGGGAUGAAGCCCCCCCCUGAGCCCAGUGCCAUGGAUGCCCUGCAUGAGGCCGGGAUCCACGCAGCCGUGGCCCUGCAGGCUGGGCCGCCCUGGCUGGAGCAGUUCUGGCUCUUCCUGACCUCCCACCUGGAUCCUGGUUCCAUCUACACCAUCUGCUUCCCUCUGGCCCGCGGGCUGGACGAGCACGUGUCCAUGAUGGUCCUCUGGAUCGCCCUCGUGGCCGAGUGGCUCAACGUGGUCCUCAAAUGGUUCCUGUUCGGGGAGCGCCCGUACUGGUGGAUCCACGAGUCGGGGCUCUCCAGCCGGGAGCAGCUCCCUCUGCACCAGUUCCCGGUCACCUGCGAGACGGGCCCGGGGAGCCCCUCGGGCCACUGCAUGAUCCUGGGGGCGGCCCUGUGGCCGAUUGUCACCACGCUGAGCACGGCGGUGUCCCGGUACACGCGGAGCCGGCUGCUCAGGCUGAUCCCGUUCCUUGCCUACAUCCUCCUGCUGGUGGCCAUGGGGCUCUCCCGGAUCUUCGUCCUGGCCCACUUCCCCCAUCAGGUGGUCACCGGCUCGCUGGCAGGGAUGGCUCUGGGCUGGGGGCUGCAGCGCUGGCCCCCCAACUUCUUCAAGUGCCGCUUCUUCCUGGUGACGGCCCUGGGGCUGCUCCUGGGCGCGCUGGCCCUGCACGGGCUGGCCACGGCCGCGGGGCUCGACCUGGACUGGUCGCUCCGUCGGGCCAGCGCCCGCUGCUCGGACCCGAGCUGGCUGCGGCCCGAGACGCGGCCCUGGGCCUCGCUGUGCCGGGUGAGCGGCAGCGCCCUGGGGCUGGCCCUGGCCGCCCGGCACCCCCUGAGCCGCCGCGCUGCCCGGGAGCUGCGGGGGCUGGAGCCGCCGCUGGGCAGCGCCGCGCUGGGGCUGCUGGCGCUGGACGUGCUGCACAAGCUGCCCAAGAGCGAGGACACCGCCCUCUGGUACCUCAACGUGGGUGCCCGCUACACCCUGGGGCCGGUGCUGGUGGGCUCGCUCCUGCCCCAGCUCAUCCUCACCCUGCGGCGGCUCCGGGCAGCCCCCUAAACCCGCCCCCCAUUGAGAGUAGGGGGCCCCGCUCCGCUCCCAGUUCAUGCCCGCCUGUCCCAGGGACCCCCAAAUUGAGGAGGGGGUGUCUGCUCUGCUCCCAGUUCAUUCUCACACUCCUUUUGCCCCAGGGACCCCCAAAUUGAGGAGGGGGUGUCUGCUCUGCUCCCGGUUCAUUCUCACACUCCUUUUGCUCCAGGGACCCCCAAACUGAGGAGGGGGUCUCAGUUCAGAGCCUGUCCCGGUUCAUCCUCACCUCCCCUUCCCCCCCAAAGUGGGUGGGGGGUUUCUGAGUUCCCGGUUCACUCUCACUCCUCUCCCCACCCAGUU